UCAAAAAAUAGGGCAUCCUCCUGCUUUAAAUUCCACGCAAGCCUCUCUUUCUCUCUCUCCCUCGCCACUCGCCCCGUCCUUAGCCGCCAGCCAUUGCCCUCGCCCGACUCCUUCCGUCCUCCGCCUCCUGCCGUUAGGCUUCCGACUUCCCUUCCGUUCUUUCCUAUCUCUUCCCCGCCGCUAUUGGUGUCCAGAUCAGAGGAGGAUAUCCUCUCCUCUGUGGAUUUUGGCUGUCAGUCUCCUUUCCUCUUUGCCGUCUUCUGAAGUCUCGGCGUGGGGAUUGCCGGAUUCUCUAGGGUCGGGCUAGGAUCUCUCUCCGCGUUAUCGGUUCUCUCCUGUUUCUUUUGGGGGGGUAGCCGGGGCUCCGGCCUCGGCGGGUGUCAAAGCCCCCUUAUUCUCAUCGAGAUCUAAACCCUAGCCUUCUUCCUUUCUUCUUUUUUCCCUUUAAUUGUUUUUUUGUUAUUUUUCCAUUAUUUUUUGUUUGACUUUCGAUCGGAAAGUGAUGCCGGCCCACUUAGAUGCUGCGCUUCCGCAUUCUACCUACGGUUUCGCCCGGACUGGAUCUCGUAUCCCGCCGGAGUCACUUCCCGGCGGCGCUCCUUUGGCGGGGAGGGAUCACCUCACCCCGUGGUCCACCGACCUCUCUGCGGAGCUCUACAAGAUCGACGGCUGGGGAGCCCCCUACUUCUCCGUCAACGCCGCCGGCAACAUCGCUGUCCGGCCCCACGGCGCCACCACACUCCCCCACCAGGAGAUCGACCUGAUGAAGGCCGUCCGGAAGGCCGUCGACCAGAAGCCCGCCGGCGGCCUCGGCCUCCGGCUCCCCCUCCUCGUCCGUUUCCCCGACGUCCUCCGCCACCGCCUCGAGUCCCUCCACGCCGCCUUCGACCUCGCUGUCCGAUCCAACGGCUACGGCUCCCGCUACCAGGGGGUCUACCCGGUGAAGUGCAAUCAAGACCGCUACGUCGUGGAGGACAUCGUGGAGGCCGGUGCCCCUUUUCACUUCGGUCUCGAGGCUGGAUCCAAGCCGGAGCUCCUUCUCGCCAUGAGCUGCCUCCUUAGAGGAAGCCCCGAGGCCUUCCUCAUCUGCAACGGCUACAAGGACGUGGAGUACGUCGAGCUCGCCCUUACGGCCAGGGCUUUGGGCCUCAACGCCAUCGUUGUUUUGGAGCAGGAGGAGGAGCUCCUCACGGUGGUGGAGGCCGGCCGGAGGCUUGGCAUCCGGCCGGUGAUCGGCCUCCGGGCUAAGCUCCGGACCAAGCACGCCGGCCACUUCGGUUCCACCUCCGGCGAGAAGGGCAAGUUCGGGCUCACCGCCGCCCAGAUACUCCCCGUGGUUCGGCGGCUCCAGCGACUCGAGAUGCUCGACUGCCUGCAGCUCCUCCACUUCCACAUCGGCUCACAGAUCCCCACCACCGCCCUCCUCGCCGACGGCGUCAGAGAGGCCGCCCAGAUCUACUGCGAGCUCGCUCGCCUGGGCGCGGCCAUGCGCGUCAUCGACGUCGGCGGCGGCCUCGGCAUCGACUAUGACGGGACCCGGUCGGCCGGCUCCGACGCGUCGGUCGGCUACGGCCUCGAGGAGUACGCGGCCGCGGUGGUCCGGACGGUCCGGGACGCAUGCGACCGGCGCCGCAUGCGGCACCCGAUCAUCUGCAGCGAGAGCGGGCGAGCCCUCGUGUCCCACCACUCGGUCCUCGUCUUCGAGGCCUUCUCCUCAUCCUCCUGCUCUGCCGUGGCCGAGCCGGUUCCCAUCGGGCCGGACGUCGCCCAUCUUCUGGAGGGACUCGUGGACUACCGUAGCCUGGUGGCGGCCGCCGUGCGGGGGGAGUACGAGACGUGCCUCCUGUAUGCGGAGCAGCUGAAGCGGCGGUGCGUGGAGCGGUUCAAGGAAGGGCUCCUCGGCCUGGAGCACCUGGCGGCGGUGGACGGCCUAUGCGAGGUGCUCGCCAAGGAGAACGGUCAUGCCGAGCCGGUCCGGGCGUACCACGUGAACCUCUCGGUGUUCACGUCGCUGCCGGAUUUCUGGGCUAUCGGGCAGCUGUUCCCGAUCGCGCCGAUCCACCGGCUGGACCAGCGGCCAGGGGUGAGCGCGGUUCUGCAGGACCUGACCUGCGACAGCGACGGGAAGGUGGACCGGUUUAUCGGCGGUUGGUCCAGCCUCCCGGUCCACGAGCUUGACGGAGAGGAUGGCGGGUACUUUCUGGGGAUGUUUUUGGGAGGGGCCUACCAGGAGGCGCUGGGCGGGGCCCACAACCUGUUCGCGGGGCCCAGCGUGGUGCGGGUGGAGCAAAGCGAGGGACCGCACUGCUUCGCGGUGACGCGGGCGGUGCCGGGGGCGUCGUGCGCGGAUGUGCUGAGGGCGAUGCAGCACGAGCCGGAGGUGAUGUUCGAGGGGCUCAAGGGGCGUGCGGGGGAUUUUGGCGGAGGAGGGGCUGCGGCACGCCGGCUCGCCAGGGCGUUCAACUCCAUGCCCUACCUGGUGCGCGGCGGCGGCGGAGGAGAGCGUGGCGGCCCCGCAGGUGGACGCGGGGAUGACGACGAUGCGGAGGAGUGGGACUUGAUGCGGGGGUUGACCUUGUGAGGGAAGGUGCAAGAGGCCACGGCAAGGUGUCAGAAUAACUUUACUUUUUCAACAGAAAAAAAAAAGAAGUAAUUUUACUUUUUCAACAAGCAAGAAAAAAAAAUAGAGAAGCCUUUAUAUACGUUUUAGGUUCUUUCUUUUGCCACGUUUGUUGGCCAGAGGGAAAGGGCGUCUCCCGUUUGUUUCUUUUGCCUAUGCAAGUUGAUAGUGGCAUUAUUCCGUGUUCUUUUUUUUUGGUAGCUAACGACUGCAUGUUGGCAAUGGAAUUUCUCCGUGCUUGACUUCC